AUGAGGCUCACAUUUUCGUUUCUUCUCAACGUUUCGCUGUCGCUUGCGCAGCUGACGACAUCGUCGCUCGAGAAGCACGUCGACUCGGCGACUCUCGCCCACUCUUACAACCCCGUCAAGGAGGCCUACUGGACUGGCUACCCUCACCACCGUCGAACUCCCUUUGCCCUCUCGCCCGACGGCAAGACGGCCUACCUCGCUUAUCUCGAUGCCAGUGAGACGGACGUGCACGUCCAGCCCAUCAACCCCACUACGUUUGCUGCCACCGGCACCUCUGUCACCAUCAAGGGCGCCAAGGAGGCCGGUGGUCUCGUCGCCCACGACGAUGGUUUCGCCCUGUUGACCAACGAGGCUCUUCCCUCUGGCACCUCCAACGCCCCUGCUGGCAACACUCCCGUUCCUGUUCUCUACCGUUACAACGCUGCUGGCACGCAAUCCUGGAAGACCUUCCUCGGAGGCCCCGGCGUUGAUGCAGAGAACGGCCUUGUCGCCUCGCCCGAUCUCAACGCGGCUGGGCCGAGGGCCACUUUGGCGAUGCCAUCCGCUACGUCAAGCCCUGAUGGCACGCUCGAGAACAUCCCCGGCGCUUCGUCCUCGUGGGGCUGCAGCCACAACACCGGCAUUGCCUUUGAGGCAGCCGAUGCCCCUCCCUACGCGUCCAUCUGUGCCGAGGACCAAGGUGCCAUCUGGCUCAACACCAAGACGCAGGGCAUGGGCAACAACGGCGUCAAGGUCUCCAACGAGAAGGUCAUCAACGGUGGCAGCAACGAGCCCAUGGGCGGAACUAGUGGCAGCUACAGCGGUCUCGCCCGUUUCGGCUCUGCCAGCGAGUACAUCUUCUCCUGGGUCUCGCGCGGCGCCAUCGACCUGACGGCCAACGACUGGAUGGGCGCUGGCUACACCAAGUCGGCGAACCGCACCAGCAACCGCAACGUUGCCAUCGCCCUCUUCUCCGACAAGUCGACCAUUGUCGGCGAGCAGGCCACGUCUGUUGUCGGCGCCGCCGACGGUGACAAGCAGAUCAACUGGGUCACCGAGGGCACCGCCGACUGCUCCAACGCCCACGUCGCCGCCUUUGACGCCUCGCAGGCCCUCGUCACCUGGGAGGAAAUCGCCAGCCCCAUCUGCGACUUUGAGGCCAUGGGCUGCCGCGGCAAGUUCACCGGCACCCACUACCAGCUCGUCAACAAGGCCGGCGAGAAGGUCGGCAGCCCCAUCGAGUCCCUCGACACCACCGUCUCCGGCGACCUCGUCACCAUGUCGGACGGUAGGAUCUGCUGGCCCUACGUCAACAUGGAGUGGCGCCUCGACGCCGUCACCCGCGCCCUGCCCGACUCGACCACGAGCGACAUCUCGUUUGCCUGCAUCAGCCUCGGCGGUGCCAGCUCCCCCGCCGAGCCCGCCCCUGAGGCCCCUGCCUCGUCCGCCGCCGCCGCGCCCGUCUCCUCCGCUGCCGAGACCGAGGCUGCCGAGACCGUUGAGACCGAGGCCGCUGCCCCCGUAGUUCCCGCCCCUGCCGCGUCCGAGCCCGUCGCUGCCGAGUCCGCUGCCCCCGUUGACAGCGCCUCCACCGUCGAGGCUGCCCUUCCCGUUUCUCCCGAAGCCAGUGAGCCUGCCGCCCCCGUCGACGAGUCCUCUUCCAUCCCCGCCGCUGUGCCCACCGCGCCGGUCGCGGAGCAGCCGCCCACCGAUGUCGUCGAGUCGAACGCCCCCGUUGCCCCGGCCCCUGAGAUCACCGAGGCCCCCGUCGCACCCACCCCAACGGACGGAUACGAGCUGCCUGCCACGUCCAAGAAGUGCAAGACCCAACGCACCGUCUGGGUCACCGUCACCGUGAGCGCUUAG